CGUAUUUUGAUCCAAUAGAACGUAAGUGGCGCAUCUGUGACAACGGUUGGCCAGCUGACUGCGUUACCGCUCUUGCAGUAUGUAGAUCCAAACCCACUCGAAUUGGCUCCUUGUGCAUGUGGCCGUAUCGUAUGCAGGUCAUCACGGAACAGUUUUUUAUGUCGGGGUUUCUCGGGUCAUCUAUGAUGGACAGGGCCGUAAUAAGUCACAAUGUUGCUUCCACAAGAUGACAAAUUUUGCUAUGUUCAAUCUAAAGCAUCGCCUGUCCCCUUUCGGCCCUUAACCGACUCUCAUUCACGCGCUUGUCAAUUUCAGAAUCAUUCAACGGAUUUUCUUUUUCACUUUUUGUUUAGGAUUGUACACCCUUGGUUUGUCAUGGGAUAAAUUCCCCAGGGAAGGGACAGUUGAAACACGAUAGCCUAUGUGUGACGUGUGGCUGAGGACGUGCAUGUUUGAGGCUGGUUGUAAGUGCUCAGUUUAAUAAAGAAUCUGCAUAAACGCCAGGAACAGCACCAAAACCUGACAACGCAAACCACGUCCGACGGUGAUAACCAAGGCUGUAACUGCCAUAUGCAUCACCGGUCGGCUCACUAUUUGGCAGUACUUUGAGCCUUCGAUGAUAUGGAAGAGAAUAACUCCCAUAUCUUGCUUUCCGUAUUCAUUAGUAUUCAUCCUAAAUAAAAGGUAGUUAUGAUAAGAUAAUUCAGUGCUGAGAAAGCUUAACAAGUAAUCAGACCUUUGGAGGCUGCUGUAUUUUGUUUACUAUUUUUGUGUAACAGGAGGUAGAGAAAAGAGAGAAAACAUCCUUCAAUAUGUACAAAAACUUGCACGACAAAUGCGUCAUUGGCCUUCGCCAUCACCCCGACUGCUCUCCACAGCAAGCCGUGUAUUGUGUGGGGAUCCCAGCGGGUGUUGCGGGCAUGACGAUGACGCUGAUCGAGGGCGUCGGCGACGAGGUGACGCUGUUCUUCGUGCUGGUCGUGCUGGCGGCCGUCGCCUGCCUGGCCUGGUGGACGACGCGCGUGGCCGAGCGGCCGCUGCGCAUCCAGACCAUCAUCGUCGGCCAGCGCGUCAUCCACGUGGACGAUCGCGGCGAGCCGACGGCGGCCCCUGACGAGGGUGACGGCGAACUGGCGGCGCCGGGUGGGCCCGAGCCGGCCGCCGAAUCCGAGCCCAGCUGCGAGGAGGAUGAGCCGGAGUCGCUGGAUGUGGCCGUGCACGAGGAGGGCGGGGUGUCGGCGCGGGAGGACACGCCGGCGCCGGAGGACGUACCUUCAGCGGCGGAGGACGGACCGCCGGCGGUGGAUGAGGACGGCCUGGUGGCGGCGGAGGAGGACGCAAGGUCGGCGAAUGAGGCGAUGCGGCGGCCAGAGCCGGCUCCGGACGACCGACAGCAGCUGCGCCAGCGGCGGCUGGCCUUCAUCGAGCGUAGCGCCACGGAGUUGGCCGGUGCCCCGGCGGCCGGUAGCGGGGCGCGCUCCGAGCAGCAGACGGACGGCCUCUCGCGGACCGACGGUCGGCCCGCGGAGAGCGUGCGGCCGGCCGGCCAGCUCGCGACUCCGGCGGCGGCGCACGACCCGGCGGCCGCCGCAGAGCGGCAGGGGACGCCGCAGCCGGCCGACGAGACAACGGCCGAGACCGAUGGUCCAGCCACUGCCGCCGUCGCCGGUGGUGACCAGUCCAUCACGGUCAAGCUCAAGUUCCUGAACGACACGCAGCGGCUGGUGGAGGGCAGUCGAGCCGAGGCGUUAGCUGACUUCAAGAGGCGGCACUUCCCGGCCGAGACGGCUGCAAACCGGCUGGUGCGACUCAUCUUCAACGGCCGCCUGCUGCCCGACCAGGAGACGCUGGCCCAGUGCGGCCUUUACCACAACUGCGUCGUGCACUGUCAUGUGUCGGCGGAGCCGCGGCCGCGCGCCGAGCCGGCCGCCACGGCCGCCGCGGCCGCCGCGGCGCCCGGCGAGCUGGACAUCAGCGUGCUGCUGUUCCCCGUGCUGACGUCAAUUGUGACGCUGGUGUGGGGCGUGCGCCUGCGUUACCCAGUGCUCUUCAGCGACACGGCCGUCGUGCUGCUGGCGGCGCUGACGCUGCUGCUGGCUGGCUUCACGGCUGCCACCUUCCUGCCGCUGGAGCGGCUGGCGGGCGCGCCGCCCGCGCCGCGCCAGCAGCACCGUGGCCGGUAGCCGGCCGGCGGCGCCCGACAUGGCUCGCCGCGCGGCACGGACCCGUCCUCAGACUCGGCUGGCGGAGCGGCGGCCUCCCGUGCCGGCGGCUGCGCGGUUGCCCGGGAGAUCGAGUCACGGCGAUUGAGCUGAUACGGAUGCAGGUGUGUCGACCACUCCCAGGGGUGCUCUCAGACACGCGUUAUUGAUCCGAUGGCACGGCUCGCGCGGCGUCGUAUAACCAGUGGCUGACGGCUUUUGUUGGGUUGUG